CGAACGGAACAGAAUUGUGCAACAUUCAAAUGAGCCCCCGUUGCUGCAAAGGUUCCGACUAGGAGACGUUAAGUAAGUGCUCGCGUGAAGGCCGCGGAACUGGCGCCAUCUUCCGGGAAGUAAGACGACCGUUAUUCAGUGUAAAUGGCAAAACGAUUCCUUGCUUCUGCAAACCAAAGUAUUGGUUUGAAGUUUCGGGAAGCUUCUUUUGACCUGCUCUCAGAUUUCCUUAAUAACCUCAACAAGGUAAACAAAGAAAUCCUCAACAGUUUACCAAAAUGUAGCGGAAUCUUCAAAGACAAAAGACUAAUGGAAUACAUCUUCCUGAUGACUGAAGAACUAAGACUUGAUCCACUAGUGGGAUACCAAGCCAUCGAAUUACUUCAAAGGUUCAUGGUCAAGCACCUGAGGGAUUUGUUGACCACACCCGCCCCUCAAGGUGCAACCGCUAAUCCACCGAGAGGUUAUGAGGACGCUGUGUUUGACAUGCUCAAGGAGAAAUUCCCCCUCAUCAUCCUCACCUGCUUGCAACUUGCAAGCAAAGUGUCUUUGCUCAGUCGUAUAAUUGACAACAGUACUGCUGUACGCUUUCUGCAGUCAGUCGGCCACAAUGUGUCCAAGCAGGCCGUGCUGGAGUCAGAGCUGAUGGUCUUAAAAGGGCUUGAAUUCAGGCUAAAUACCCGUAACCCACUGACAUAUGUGGAAAUCCUUCUGGAGGUGCUCGCACACAACGAGCCGUCCAUCCCCGUGGAGCGCCUGUAUCACCUGUGCCGGCAUAUUCUCCAGUUCGUGAGCCUGCAGAGGACGGCCAUCUUCGACUCGUUGUUAGUGAUCACCACUCAGUGUGUCAGCCCCUCCAGAGAACAGAGAGAGGAGUUUGCGACAGUGACUGAAGACCACAUACUUCUUGGUGUUAGUGUCAUCGCUGUGGCUUCGUUCAUCCUCUGUGUCAGAGAAUGGGAACAGGUUGUGGGAGAGCUGAGUCACAUGACAGGAAUCUCUCAGAAGAGCAUCAGAGACUUCGCUCAUGUGACAUUGAUGCACAUUGUUGGAAUCCCUGUUCCCAUAUGACAUCAACAUCGUCAUUCGCUGAACGCUGCUUUGUGCUCUCACUGUGUGGUUAAAGUUGUUUUCUGCUUCCAGGUGUUGGUGGAGUGUUCAUAAGUGAUUAAAACUUCUUUGAGUUGA